AUGCAUGAUGAGCAAGCGAUUUUGGCUUGCGUAGAGCAAACAAUGGUUGCCGAUGCGAAGGUUAUCAAAGAGGCAGAACAACAACUUUUCGAAUACCAGAAACAGCCCGGGUUCACUACAUUUUUACUUCAAGUGGUUUCCAAUGAGGAAAUUCCGACACACAUCCGUCUCUCUUCGGCGAUUUACUUCAAAAACAAGAUCUUUCGAUCAUGGAAUACCCCGAAUCGCGAAGAUGGGAUCAAACCAGAGGAGCAGCUAGUGAUCAAGGAGAAUUUGAUCCAGUCCCUCGUGAAGAAUUCCGAAAAUAAUCACAUCAGGCCGCAUUUGACUGAAUCAGUCCGAGGAAUUCUGGAUAAUAACGAUGAUUGGGAUUUGACGGGAGUUAUUAAUGAGCUUCUAAACAGCGGUAAGGAAGAAUAUGUGUACAGUGGCUUAUUACUGCUAUUUCAGACGUGCAUUGCCCAUAGAUGGGAUAUGGCAGAUAACCGGAAAGAGAUUGAUAGAGUUGUCUCGGUGGUCUUCCCAACGGUGGAAAACAUCGCAUCGCAAUUGGUAAACCGGGAGGACUACAGAGCAAACGAACUGAUGUAUCUGAUAAUCAAAUGUUUCAAAUACGCCUGUUUGAACAACUUUCCGCAGUAUUUCAGCAAUUUGGAGAAACUGAAUGCAUGGAUUCAAUUGCAUCUGUAUCUUUGCGCGAAGCCUCUUCCAAAGGAAGUAUUUGCGCUGGAUCCGUCUGACAGAUGCCUGGACAAAAGAGUAAAAGUGAACAAGUGGGGGUUUGGGAACCUGAACAGAUUUAUUCACAAGUUUUCUAGAGUCACCAAGUCCGUUUCCGAGCAGUUCGUAUCAUACGUUUUCAACAACAUCAUUCCCACGAUCCUCCAGGAAUAUUUUAAAGUGAUUCAAGCCUGGAGGGAUAAUUCACUUUGGUUGGGAGAGGCCUCAUUGCAUUACUUGAUCCAGUUUUUGGAAAAGUGUCUUGUUACAGAAGAGGUAUAUCCACUAAUCCAGCCUCAUGUGUCAACAAUCAUCGAGAAAGUUAUCUUUCCGUGCCUUUCGGCCAACGAAGAGAGCGUGCAAUUGCUUGAGGAAGAUCCCGAAGAAUAUACGAGAAGAUAUUUCGAUCUCAACAAGGAGAGCUCAACAGCUGACGUAGCAUCGUGUGAUUUUGUGUUCGUUAUCGGACACAAGCGUCCUUCGGAGCUGGAUAAAGUCUUGCCAUUUGUGAACGGCGUAUUUGUGAGCUAUAAUGAACACCCCGAAGAUAUUUCAGUGGCUUUCAAGCAGGAAGGUGCCAUGAGAAUGAUUUCCACUUUAUUCACAUUUCUAGACUCUCCGGAAAGCCUUGAAGCUAUCUUUUCUCACUAUAUCGUCCCAUUUUUGUCACAGUCAAGAUACCCAUUCUUAGUUGCCAGAGCAUUGGAGACUAUAUCCGUGUAUGGGAAUGAGUUUCAAGAUAUGGACACCCUAUCAAGGCUUUUUCAAUUAACUUACGACCAUUUUAUGAACAGCAAUGUGCUACCCAUCCAAAUUGAAGCUGCUGAUGCUUUGAAAGCAUUGGUUGUCAGCAAUCCUAAGAUUCACUCCCACAUAUCUGCCCAAGUACCGGGAAUCAUGGAAAAGUUAUUGAGACUUUCUAAAGAGUUCCAAAUUGACAUCUUGUCGGAAGUCAUGGAAGUGUUUGUGGAGAGAUUCGCCGAUGAACUAACGAUUUUUGCAGAAGACUUGGCCGCCAACCUGGCCGACCAGUUUUUGCAGCUUGGACGUUCCCUUGUCGACAACUCAGGCAAUUCCUACUCAACCGGGGACCAGGAUUCUGAGAUUCAAGCAAGCGCUUUAUUGCAAACCAUGACAACAAUGGUUAUGUCAAUGAGUAAGGUCUCCCUAAUCGACAAAUUUCUGCCGGUUGUAAAAUUUGUCGUAGUGAACGCACAAAUUUCUUUUCUCACAGAGAUAGUCGAUUUGAUGGAUUCAUUAGCAUUAUCCUCACAAGCACUAUUCAAUCAGUUUACGCCAGCCAUUUGGGAGAUGGUCCACGAUUUGCUGGACUCGUUCCAAACAUACGCAAUGGACUAUUUUGAAGGAUAUCUCAUUUUCUUUGAGACUUUGGUCACCCAUGGCUUUCCGCAAGAUCAGACCUUUUUGCAGCCCUUUUUAGAGAUUUUGUCUGUGAAACUGGACAGUGACAUUGACUAUGACGUGGAGAGUGUCCUGGAUAUUCUAGUCUUCUAUGCGCUGUCCAUGAGAGACAUACAAUUGUUCGACAGAGCUUUACGGGCAUCGUCGAAUGACGAGCUCCAACUUGACGACGGCGACAUUGUCAAGACUUUCCUCGCCAACCUCUCCGUCAAGCCGGUAGAGACGUUGCAAAUCAGCGAGAACGAGGGGGCCACGCUGGUACUUCUAACCAAGUGGUUCUCCUGCAAGUUCUCUAGUGUCUUCUCCAUCAAGCUGCAGAUUAUGGCCAUCCUAUCGCUCUUCAAGCUGCCCGAACUGCCAGGCUGCGUGAAGGGAUUCACCAGCCAAUUUGCUGAGAAACUAGUCUCGCUGAUGGAGAAACUGCCGGACGCCAUCAGAAAACGGGACGCCAUCUCCAAGGGCGAAGAAGGCGUCGAAGAGAUGUUCGGCAAUGACGCAAACCCUGACGAAGACGACUAUUUCGAAGACUACGAAGAGGACUUGAAGGAAACCGUGCUCGACCAAAUAAACAUUUUCCAAGAGGUCCACUCUUUCUUCGCGCGUCUUCAGGCCAGCGACGCAGAGAAAUACCAAACAAUAAUAAACUCUCUGAACGAUGACAAAAGACACUCCUUGCAGGUAAUCCUCGAGUUCGUCUCCCAGAACUAG